AUGUCUCGCGCUUCUUCAGAUAAUAAACCUCUGACAAGUGGCAGUGUCAGUGUCACGACAUGGAGCGUAGACAGAGAUCCCCUUGGUACCUACAUGGAACAAUGGGGACAUGCACACAACGCUCCUUGGGCAUUUGAUCGCUUUGUAGGCAGCGGUGCUACUACAGAUGACCCUGACUACCGAAAUCCCUCCCAAUUUGAGGACUGGUUUGCACCAAACGCCCGCCAAAACACGGCUAGUCUCGACUGCUAUGCUUGGCCAUGCUCGUCAGACGAAACCCGCAUGCGGCGGGAAGAGAUCCACCAUCAAAUAAAUACGACGAAAUUUGCCCUCGAUUAUUUAGUACCCCACAAAUCUCAUACCCCCGAAGACUCACGCAUCAAAGACCCUCAUGCCUUUAUUCUUCUUGGUAACGGCACGGACGGAGAAUCUUGUCGCCAGCUCGACACAAUGUUGGCGAGAGACGUCGUAGAGAAGACGACGCCUCUCAAAGAAGACUUGGAAGAUAUCUUGAAGAAAGACUUGAAACUCGAAUCGCUCGGUUAA